AGAAUUUGCUGCUGCCGGUGACGAUGCCGCUUGAUGUUGCCCUGGCUGUGACAAAAUAUUCAAUACCAAGUCACUCAUACGUGCACGCAUCUAAAGUGCCACGAGUUUUAAAUGCUAUAAUUCUCCCAACUCUGGCCAUUGCAUUUCUUCUUCUGCAUACAACACACAUUUUUGUGUGUAAACCACGUACAGAAGGCAAUGAAGCAAAGAGCGCUGAGUGAACACAACAAUCCUCUUCACCAAACAAUAACAAAGCCAAAGACAGACAUGUCUCUCGCUGCUCUAAACAUUUAAUGAGGACGCGAUAGAGAGAGUAAGAGAGCAUUUCGUCGGUCUGUUUAUUUUCGCCUUGUUUUUCGUUUUGUAUUUAGAUUGGCGGGUAUGUGUAUAUACGAGUGUGCAACUGGCCGUUGUGAGUUCAGUUUAACGAAAAAUAUCCAAGGCAAUGGAUGUACUGCGUUUAAUUGAGGAAGUUCGUCAGCGACCAGCGUUGUGGGACACAACAAUGGGGGAGAGAAAACGGCGUCCUUAUAUAUACGGAUUGUGGCAAGAAGUUGCGAAAGCUGUUGGCAGUGAUGCCGAAAAAUGCAAACAGAAAUGGAAGAAUUUUCGCGAUACCUAUCAUUCUGAGGUUAGACGUGUCGAACGACAAAUAAUGAGACACAAACUAAUGGGCAAGUAUGAUCCGAACCACGACUACCGAAGUAAAUGGGCCUACAUGGAGGCAAUGAGUUUUAUAACUAAAUGCAGGCGACCGUAUAAGUCAUCGGGUGGCGAAAACGAGUGCACAAGUUCCAAUGACGAGAAUCCAGUAAGCAACUCCACAACUGGUAUACGUCGAUCACAGCGAAGAGUUGGAGAGAGUAUCGACAAUGCAACUUCGUCAGCCAUUGGCAGUAUGGAUGAUGGCGAAGAUGAUGAUGACGAAGACGAUGCCGAUAUGCUAUUUGAGGAAUUUCAAAGUAUUGCCACACCACAGGCAGCUAGACGUUUGUCAGCUACGUUAUCGCUAACGAACUCACUUGAGCAGACACUCUCGAAUAGUUCGGUAGAAGCACCAGACACCAAGUUAUUGAUGGAACCCAGCACAUCCACAGCCGCGAAUGGCCCAAGAAAAGACUGUUGCAAAACGGCAACACAAGCUCACAGUGAGGAUCGUGUACAUUUUCUGGAAGAUCUCGAAAAACAAGAACAGCAACUUAUUAAAUCCACCAAACAUGACAUCAGUCGAGCUCUCAGUCACAUUGGCGACUCGGAUUAUAAUUUUCUGGUUAGUUUUUUGCCGCACAUGAAGAAAAUGACAGAUUUACAAAAUCUACAAUUUCGCGGACGAAUGUGUGACUUGGUGUUGACAUCAUUGGCGCCCAAUGCAGCUCAACAUAAUUCGGCAGCAUCACUACCAUUGCAACCACAAUUGGCGCCCAAUGUGGCUCAAGACUAUUCUUCAGCACCAGCAUCACUACCAUUGCAACCAACAGCCAGCAUUAUUAAAGUGGAGUGUAUUAAUAAUAAAAUCCAAGCUUCAGAACAUCCAGAAUCGCCAACCAGUCAGGAUGCAAAUGCAGCCAAUGGUAAUGAAAUUGACAACGAACUGGAGUUCUUUUGAAAUGCAUUGAUGACUGAAUGUAUUUUUUUAAUACUAAACUAAAGUAAAUUUAUGAUUUUUAUA